CCUGUCCGAGUCAUCCCGCAUCAGAGGCGUCACAAGCAUCCGCUGUUGGAAGGAGUGUUUAUUGCACUGGACACAGAAAUAACUAGCUGAAUCCGUGCCCCCCCCCAGGUGCAGGGAGACCCUCUCAUGUGGAUAACUCUGCUUUGAAAGAGACACAAUGAGUGAAGAAGUGGAAAGGUUUCUGUCGGCGCGGAUGGGGCUCCAGUACCCAUGGGAAUGAUAAACUUUCUCCGUCAGAGACAGUCUGGACACCCGAGGAGGGAAUUGGGGGUCUGGUUGUCCUGGUCAUCGGUGAACAUCAGAGGAUCAGAAGGAUUCAGAUGGACCUCGGUCUCCACCGAGCCGUUCACGUUGGCUGUACGUAAUGCCACGGGUUUGGGAGCAGGAGCCCACUGAGAUGGCCGCAGUGAAUGACACAGCCUUCCCCAACUCCAUUUCCAGGCUGCUCUACCACAUCCCCGAGGGGCUCUUCCCUCGGCCCGUCCUGAUUGGGAUCACGGUGGUCUGCGUCCUCCUCUUCUUGGUCGGCGUGGUGGGGAACACUAUGACCGUGCUGCUGGUGGCCAGGUACAGAGAGAUGAAAAGUUCCACCAACCUCUUCCUUUGCAGCAUGGCCCUGUCGGACCUCUUCAUCCUUCUCUGCAUGCCCCUGGACCUCUACAAGCUCUGGAGGCUGCGCCCCUGGCCUCUGGGGCAGCUGGCCUGCAAGUUGUCCCAGUAUGUCAGCGAAGGCUGCACCUACGGCUCCACCCUCCACGUGACCGCCCUCAGCGUGGAGAGGUACGUGGCCGUCUGCUUCCCGCUCCGGGCCAAGGUACUGCUCACCCGGUCGCGGAUCAAGGCGGCCAUCUUGGGCCUCUGGGCCCUGGCCCUGGCUAGCGCCGGCCCCGUCUUCGUCCUUGUGGCCGUGGAGUUCAUCAACGGCACCGACCCGGCGGAGACCAGCGAGUGCAAGAGCAGCAAAUCUGGUGCCCGGUCGGGACUGCUCAGUGCCAUGGCCUGGGUCUCCAGCCUCUACUUCCUGGUGCCCACCUGUUGCCUGGCCGUCCUCUACAGCCUGAUCGGACGCAAGCUGUGGAGGAGGCCCAAGUCCCGCCGGGACAGGAGCAACAGGCGCACUGUCAAGAUGCUGGCUGUCAUCGUCCUGGUGUUCGUGUUGUGCUGGCUGCCCUUCCACAUCGAGAGGAACCUCCUCCUGCUGACAGCCGGCAGCGCGGGGAUGUACACAAUCAGCCGCUGUUUCCAGGCCCUCUCCUUCACCCUCUUUUACCUCAGCGCCGCCAUCAACCCCGUCCUCUACAACCUCAUGUCGGCAAGGUACAGAGCCGCUGCAGGCAAGCUGCUGGGCCUGAGAGCGGCCGGGGACAGGAGGAGAGGUUGGAGGAGAAAAGAGAGGUCGCAGUCUCUCCCACAAAGCAGUGAGAGUGGCCACUGUUGCCCAGGAUUGGAAAGUGUUGUCUAAAAAACAUCCUGAAAGAAGAAACAAAUUACUACUGACAAAAUACUUCAAUCCUGAUUAAAGUUAUUUAUUCUGUUCCUGCAGAGUUUGUAGUGCUUUAUUUCAAUGGUUUGGUGUUUGAAGUGUGGAAGCGCCAAUGCCCAGGACCAGCAUAGCCUACAAAAGUGAUGGUUAGAAGCCCUCCCCAUCACUGAGCAUAACUGCCACAAAAAAGAGCAGCAUCCAUCAUCAAGGACCAGGACAUGCUCUCGUCUCGCUGCUGCCAUCGGGAAGGAGGUACAGGAGCCUUAGGUCCCACAACUCCAGGUUCAGGAUCAAUUAUCACCCAACCAUCAGGCUCCUGAACCAGUGGUGAUCACCUCACUCAGCUGAUCCCACUACCAGCAGACUCACUUCCGAUGACUCUACUACUCAUGUUCUCAGUAUUAUUUAUUUGCACAGUUUGUCGGUCUUUGUCUAUGUAUGAUAGUUGUCCAUCAUGUCCGACAAUGUACAAGUGAGUUUCCCAAAGUGGGACAGUUUCACUCUCUCAACCUCAGAAGUCUGAGUCCAGCGGUACAAAUAACUGUCACAAACUGGGGUCUUCCUGGGUUGCAGUGGAUGACCGUGACUUCUGUGCCUUGUCGUGCCCUUCGUUCUCCAUGGAACAUUGCAGAACCACCUUCCCAGUCAUUGGAUCUCACUGUAGAUCUCAUCCACCAAGUCCGCCGGAGAUAACUUCGCAUGCUGGGACAGGAAUAGGGACAUUUAUGUAGAGUAUUGUGUACAAUUCCUAUUUUAUUUUUUUUCUUAUAAACACCUGCAAGAAAAUGAAUCUCAAGGUAGCUUAUGAUAACAUAGAUGUACUUUGAUAGUAACCUUACUUUGAAAUUCGACACAGAAAUUAUUGUGGUAAAGGAUGCGAUAAUCAUUCAGGCCACCUUGUACUAAGUCCACGAAACCUGGAACCGUACACCAUAAGACCAGGG